ACGAGGUGGCGUGUUAUGACCCUGAGGUGUGUACUGAGGUGUGUGGGAACCCAGUGGGCUGUUCAACAAUCGCCUACGCCAAACUGGUCAUGAAGCUACUGCCCUCAGGUCUGCGUGGUCUGAUGAUGGCGGUGAUGAUUGCUGCUCUCAUGUCUCCUCCCACCUCCAUCUUCAACAGCUCCAGCACCAUCUUCACCUGGACCUGUGGAGGCAUGUCCGGCCCGAGCAACCGAGUGGAACUCAUGCUCGUGGGAAGGAUGUUUGUGCUGGUUCUGGUGGUGGUGUCAGUGCUCUGGAUCCCUGUGGUCCAGGCCAGUCAGGGAGGACAGCUGUUUAUCUACAUCCAGUCCAUCAGUACCUACCUCCAGCCUCCUGUUUCCAUCGUCUUCCUGACUGGAUGCUUCUGGAAGAGGACAAUGAGAAGGUGUGGUGCUUUCUGGGGCCUGUUGCUGGGCCUACUGGUGGGCGGUGUGAGGAUGGCCCUAGACUUUAUCUAUCCCUCACCACUGUGUUACCAGGAAGACAGCAGGCCUGAUGUGGUGAAACAUGUCCACUACCUCUACUUCUCCACCAUGCUGUCUAUGUUCACCCUGGUGGUGGUGGUGGGGGUCAGCCUGGCCACGGAGAAACCCAGCCCAGAGCAGAUCAGUCGCCUCACCUGGUUCACCAGAUUUGAUAAGGUGGAGAAGAGCAGUGGAGCUUUAGAGACAGUAGAGACUGUGACUAGUGCUACAGAGACCGAGAUAGAAGAUAGGGAGCAGGAGGCUAACGGAGAGACACACCUUCAGAGGAAAGUGUCCUCAGAAGCCAGUGUGAGGAGCCAGUCCAGGCUGAAGGCCGCCCUCUACUGGCUGUGUGGGAUGGAGCGGCAGAAGCAGGGUGACAGCGCCCCACAACCCCCUCUUCUUCUCGACCCCGCUAGCUCUCUGGAAGAGGACCCAUGCCUUAGCCACAUGGUCGACGCCAACCUCAUCAUCUGCCUCUCCAUCGCCGUCUUUAUCAUUGGCUACUGGGCCUAGUGAGGAAUUCUCAACAGCCAAUGAUAUUGGCAGGGACAGGUGGUGCUUGGCCAUUGCUGCAGCAUCAUAGGAGUGCUGCUGAAGUGUCACAGCAGGCUGUUAUUUAUUAUU